GUGCUGAGGUGAGUGCAGUCGAGCGCGGGGGGGAUUGGAGCCGAAACCGGAGCUUUAAUGUUUGUUAAAAGCCUUCGACGAAAUAAGGUCCUGUAAAUCCUGGCUCCUCUAUCCCCAGAGCAGGGGGGCACCAAGGAGCUGUCUGAUGGUUCCCAGGCUGUCCUGAUGCUGCUCUGCCAGGAGAGAGAUGGGGAAAAGAUACUUCUGUGACUACUGUGACAGGUCCUUUCAGGACAACCUUCACAACAGAAAGAAACACCUCAAUGGAGUGCAGCAUCUCAGGGCUAAGAGGCUCUGGUACGACUUAUUCCGAGAUGCUGCUGCUAUCCUGCAAGAGGAACAAACCAAGAAACCUUGUCGGAAGUUUCUGCAAACAGGACAGUGUGAUUUUGGGUCCAACUGCAGGUUUUCCCACAUGACUGAGCAGGAUCUGGAGAAGCUGAGUGCCCAGGUGCAAGGGGAGCAGAGAUCCAAGGAGCUGAGGCAGGAGGGAGCAGAUGUCCCACCUGGCACCAUUGAGGACUGGCUGGAGAAGAGAGCAAAGAGAUUGAGCAUGGCUCAGAGCAACAGUGCUCUCCCUGAGAAACCAGCACCCUUCCAGUACCCACCAGGCUGGCCACCAGUGCAGGAUCUUCCCCCAUCCCUGCAGCCCCCCCCCCCAGGAGGGUGGCCUGUCCCCCCCAAUCUGCAGUGGGGCUGAGCUCCCCCCUCCCCCUGGAGUUCUGCUGGAGGUGGACUUCUUCCUCACCUGCUUUAAGAACAGGAUGGAAUCAUUUAUAUAUGUAUUUUAUAUCAAUAAAAGCUUUCCUCCCCUC